UCCACUAUGAUUGCGGAGACUGAAAAGUUCCCUCCAAAAGGUCGCUGGUCGCUAAGGGCGUUGCUUUUGGCGGCAACAGAGUCGUGAAGUGGAGUUUGGUCUGCCGGGCGCUGGCUACCCUUUUUAGUAGCGAGCUGAGUUUGUCUCUCUAGCGGCCUGGGCCAAGAUUCCCUGCAGGAGCCGUGCCCCAGCUUGGAAGGCGAAGAGCGCUGUAGGCCGCCUCCAGAGUUGACGGGAGUGGCUCUGCGCUAGAGCUGCCCCACUCGCCAGCCAAUGGCAGCAACUGAGUGAGCGGGGCUGUUUUGAGAGCCGCUUAACUGACCGGAGUGGGGUGGGAGAGAUAGUUGGAGACUGCUAGACUAGCCUACCUUCGCCACAAGAGCAGCGGCCACGAGCUCGGAGCGCUCAGACGUCUUCACGGUUUCCUGCUUGUUUCUCUUGGAGCCCGAGGCCGCUUCUGAGGAAGAAUGCACGUUCGGAGUCUGGGAAUUGCUUCCUGGACGACAGGGGCUACACAGUUACAGCGAGGCUUCGGGAAGCGCGGCCAAGAGGCUCGCAACCAGCUGAAGGCCGGGUGCUGAGGGUGCACCCGGCGAGGGUUAAGCCUGGCAAAGUGGCUUGCAGAGACCGGUGGCACAGAACGCUCAGGGGCAGCCUCCGUGCCGCAGAGCUGCUCUUUCUCGCUUUCGGUUUAGCCAGUCGGGCGCUGGGAGGGGCGCGUCAGCGUCUCCGGCGCCCUCCGACAUUUCGAAGCGUUCUCGCUCGCCUUUAAAUGUUUGUAAGCGAUGAGCGGCAGGAAGGACUUGCGCCUCUGCGUGGAGUUAAUCAGAGAUCGUCUUUAUUAUGCUGUUAUCUGCCAUAAACCAAAGAGUGGUGGUGCAAGUACGCACUAUUUCAGCACAGAUGAUGAAUUUGCAUAUGAGAACUUCUAUGCAGAUUUUGGACCACUCAAUCUGGCAAUGCUUUAUAGAUACUGUUGCAAGCUAAAUAAAAAAUUAAAGUCCUUUACCAUGAUAAGGAAGAAGAUUGUUCAUUAUACUGGUUUUGAUCAGAAAAAGCAAGCCAAUGCAGCCUUCCUGAUAGGUUCUUAUGCAAUAAUCUAUCUGAAAGAAUCUCCAGAAACUGUGUACAGGCUUUUAUUGUCUGGAAAUGUAGCAUAUCUUCCUUUCAGGGAUGCUUCAUUUGGUACCUGCAGUUUUCAUAUAACGCUGCUUGACUGCCUUCAUGCAAUAAACAAGGCUUUGCAGUUUGGUUUCCUUGAUUUCAGUACAUUUGAUGUAGAAGAAUAUGAGCAUUAUGAGAAGGCAGAAAAUGGAGAUUUUAACUGGAUAAUACCAAAAAAAUUUCUUGCCUUCAGUGGACCUCAUUCCAGAACCAGAAUUGAAAAUGGUUACCCACAUCAUGCUCCUGAGGCCUACUUCCCUUACUUUAGAAGGCAUAAUGUUACCACUGUAAUCCGCCUGAACAAGAGGAUGUAUGAUGCUAAAAGAUUCAAGGAAGCAGGCUUUGAACAUUACGAUCUCUUCUUUGCAGAUGGAAGUAUACCUACUGAUACCAUUGUCCAAACAUUCCUAAAUAUUUGUGAAAAUGCUGAAGGUGCCAUAGCAGUUCAUUGCAAAGCUGGCCUUGGUAGAACUGGCACCCUUAUAGGAUGUUAUAUGAUGAAGCAUUAUAGAAUGACUGCUGCUGAAACUAUUGCCUGGAUUAGAAUAUGCCGACCUGGCUCUGUGAUUGGGUCACAGCAGCAUUUCCUUUUAGAGAAACAGUCAGAACUUUGGAUGGAAGGCGAUUCUUUCCGUUCAAAGUUAAGGAAGAACUCAAAACUUGAAGUUACAAAAAUUCUUUCAGGUGUAGAUGAUAUUUCAAUUAACAAUUCCAAGAAUCAGAGAACCAACAAAAACGAUACUGAACUGUACAGUGAUGAAGAUGAAACAAACACAUUUACACAAGGGGAUAAGCUUCGAGCUCUGAAAAGUAAAAGGCAGGCAAAAGCAAACUCAGUUCCGCUAACAUAUCUCCUAGCUAUUCUGGUCUCUGUCCUGGGUAGCAUUAUCAUCUGGUGGAUUGUGUGUGGCUCCCCCCUGCCCAACCUACUAUUCUGUCUAGAUGGUUUAAGAACGUAG